UGGAACGAAACUGGAGUUGUCAAACAAAAAAAAAUAAAAUAAGUCAACGUCGUUGCGCGGGAUUUGAAUGUUUACAAAGUUUCGUGUAAAGUCUUGUACGCCGGUUUUGUUUCAUACGUGUUGUGUGUGUUUGCUUUUGUAAAAUGCUUCCUAAUCUUGUAACUUCCGUGAUUAAGUUGGGUCAAAAAAGACAGAACGAUGAAUUGAAGGAAUUGCUAGAGAAAAUGCCAACAUCGCAAAUUAUCGACAUGGUUGUGUCUAACAUUGAUUCUAUUGAUGGGUACACGCUUUGGCACUUUACCUUACUCGGAUUAGCACAUUCGGAGCGAAGUGCCGGCAAACGGUUCGAGCUAGUUAUGGCUGUACUUCAGCACUUGAACGUUGUGGAGCUCUCAACGAAGCAGAUAUUCGAUUUGAUUGCACGAUUCUUGACCGACCUACCGUCCCUUGCUUCGGAACAAUUGGUAGAAAUUUGUGAACUAUGCAUCGAAUCAAUCCGGGCUGGUGAUCCGAAAUGUAUUACAUGGAAGCAUUUGCUACCUCAAACGAUUCUCCAACUGUCUGGCAGUGCCGGAAGAUUCAACGCCAAUGGUCUGCUUCUGAGUGGAUCCGAAUAUCGCCAGAAACUGUUGGAGGAAAUAUUUAAAAUGAAGCUACAACUAGCCAUUCUCACACCUUUAUGCGGAAUGUUUCGAGAUUUCACUCUAUCCAAAGACGAAACCAGUAUCUUUGUCACGAAAGUGUCGGAUAAUCUGAAAAACAUAGAACCGCUAGAGCUUCCCCCACUGGCGUGUCAACUGUUUCACGUUUGCUUGAAGCAUCCAGGUUUGUUGGUGAUUCCCUUGAUUGCGCUGCAGAAAUAUUUCCACAAGAAUUACUACAAGAAACUGUUGUCGAAUGAAAACAGCGACACCACCGAUUUCGAUAGUAUUGAUCGCUAUUCCGAUAGUGAGAUUCGAGAAGCGGAAGAAACCAUCCUGUUUCAUCUGUCGAACGUAAUCGAAUUUCGUGUCGAUGAAACGCAAACUGUAGCCAUGUUUAAACCAUUUCAAAACAACCCAGAAGUAUUGCUUACCCCCUUUCUGGUCGGGGCGCUGCUUGCGAUGAGCAAAAUAAACCGACAACCGGACACAACCGAUGUUGUUGCAUCGCCCAUCAUGGCAUUUCUCAUCAAGCUAAUAGCGAUCAGUGAGAAAGAGCGUGAAAUGUGCACUCAAUCUGCUUGGUGCCGAGGCCGCAUUGAACCAUCGGUGAUUGCACGUAUCGAUCAGCUGUUUAGCACAUUGACGGAAAAUAGUCAGGAGGGAAAGGAAGUCGUAACACCGGGACUUAUUAAUUUCGCAUUCGCAUUAUUGCUAGCCAAGAAGCAACAGAAGCUGCACGGUAUAGCGAUCAAUUUCUUUCAGCUAUUCAUCAAGAGACGAUUCAUCUUUGGCAAUGGUAUUAUCGCAAAAAUUAAGAAGUAUCUGUUUGCCGAUCUCGAAGAAACGCAGUUUAAUACUUGCUUGACAACGCUAAGCUUAACCAAUGCGCUUACCGUCUCUGAAUGCACAAACACGAUUCAGUUUAUCAUGGACUAUUUACUGCUGAUAAAUGGAACCCAUGCCAUGCGGUUUAUGGCAUUCAUUUUUCCAUUGCUGCGCAUUUCGCACACGAUCCGAGAUCGGUACAUCGAAGUAUUGCGGAAGGCUAUGUACAAUGGCGAAAUAUCAACACGCAUAAUGGGUGUAUUUGGAUUCUGUUCGCUUUUGAAGCAAUUGAAAAAUAACAAUUCUCGUCGCUCUAUCAUGGGCAGUGGCGCAGGCAAUUAUACACAACUCACGAUCUCCGGUAUGUCGUUGCUGUCACAAGCCGCGUACGGUUCAGCGAACAAUCCUAACGUGCAUUUCGAUAUGCUAACGCUUGAAAUAAUGGGAAUUUUGCGGAAAUGUUUUACCCAGACGCUUGAAGUCAGGGAAAUGCUUUACGAAGCGCUUGGGAGAGCGGUUGAAUUCAACACCCAGCUAUUGCCGCACGUGCUACAGUUCAUUGAUUGGCACUUUGAAAGUUUCUUCGGAGAAAACCCGAAAGAAUCGUUCCGAAUUGAUUUCGAAAAGUGUGUCCGUUAUAAGGGUGAACUGAACGAGGACGAUCCAUCGGAUGAACAGCGAUCCAUAGUGGUGUACGACAAUGUCGGACGGUUGACAGCGUUUAUGGUGCAUUGUGUAGUGCUUUGCGACCAGCACGAUGUCCAGCAUGAUAUCAGUGCGGUCAAAAACACGUUACAACUCAUCGUCGAACGAAUUGAUAAUUUCAGCCCGGAUGAUAUGGGAAUAGUUGGUAAGCUGGAUACAAAGAGUGCCGUUGUUGCUACACAAUAUUUGAAUGUCCUAGAGGCCUCUAUGGCAUAUUGUGCCUGGAAAACAAACCACGACAAUAUCUUGUUGCGUGAUUUUGUACGCUUGUUUAAACACCAUCAGCAUUGUUUUGAGAAUUUUAAGAAAAUGGAACCGAAAAAGGGAAAUAAAAAGAUUGCCUCUGAACACACCAUCAAUACUUCCACAUUAGCAGGACAAUUAAAAGCAGGAACUGGUUUCAAACCAGAAAAUAUAUGGGACUUGGCCACUAUUGAAAAAAUUCUACGAAUAUCGCUUGAUACCAUGACCAAUUAUGCGAAGGAGGAAGAUCUUAAACUAUUCCGUGGGAAUCGAGAUUUGCAGCAAUAUAUACUUAAAAUAGCCUGUCAAAGGCUGGAAGGGUUACGAUCGCUUCCCGAUUAUUGGCAAGUGAAUCACAGCAAACGUAUAUUUGGCCAUUUGGCUGAGUGCACCAAGCUAGUAUACGAUCGAUGUAUAAAGAAAACUUCCGAGCUGGCCGAAAACGGUAGUUUGCUCGUUGUACAGGCUGCUGUUGACUGUUUCCGACAGGCUCUAACAUCGGCGAUCGAAUUGUAUGAGCGAAAGUUUAACGAUUUUCUACAACUAAUUUGUUGUACAAUAGGUCCGUCGUUUAAGAAGGAGUUACUGGUGCAGCUGCAGACGAUCGUGGAUUGGUACUUCAAAGAUGGAAACGAACCGGAAUCGGUCGGAGAUAAAAUCAUUGUGGGAUUGUUACAAUGUUUGGAACUGCUGUACAAAUCACCUGUCAUCACACAAGAUCAUUUGGCGCAGGGUUACGAAUGGAUGCAGAAUUUUUGUAUCAACACUAAACUGAAGCAGAAAUCGUUCGCUAUUAUGCAUCGAUUGUUGUUCGACUUACGUAUGCGCACACAAACUGGAGCAUAUUUUGAUUCGAUAGCAAUUCGUUUGGAGUUAAAAUUUGGUCAAAUAGCUACCGAAGAAACAAAUCCGUUGUUUUACUUUAAAUCAAUUACUUCCGCUACAGCGGAACCGACAUUUCACUGUUUGUGUGCGAUCUUUCGACAACAGGUAGAGGAGAUUGAACAUUUGAUACUACGCAGUAACAGCCUUAUGAUGCGUUUGAAAGUUUUCGGAUUAGAAGACACAGAUCAGACGUCACAGUUGUUGAAGUCCAUCGAACGAUCUAUUUGCUCGCAGUUGGUUCACAUUUUAGGAUCCUUAACGCAUUUAUGUAAUGCUAAUUUGCCGCUCGGGUCAACUAUGGAUGCGCUAAUCAAACUGUUGCUUUCAGUAUACGGAUGUCUCGCAAAUUUAAGCAAACACUUUUUGGCUCGUCAUUCGAUUGUUCCAAUCGCCUAUGACGUUACUAAGUUCAAUUUGGUGGUGAAGUCAUCUAAACCACUUGCGUCGAAGAUAUACGAUCUUAUACCCUUUAUUGAGGAGAACAUUAUUGGACAGGAGGAAGGAGAAGAAGAACCCAGUUCGGCAAAAUCCAAUCGCGAUAAAGUACUACGACAGACGAAAUUGAUUCCCAAGCUUGUAUUCCGCAUUGAGACGUUUAACAAGAUCGUUAUGCAGUUAAGCAAAAAGACCAAGAAAGAUUUAACUUAUCUGCUACAUAUGGGCACGGUGCGAGACUUUCGCAUCAAGACGUCUGCGUUGGUCGAAGCGAUACAGAGGACAAUCACUGAUAGAACCAAUCCGGAAGAAACGGUUGACGAGGAAGAAGUGGAACCCCAGUUGGACCGACACGAGGACGAUGACGAUGAUGAAGAAAAUAUCAAUCGUACGGCUUGUUCGAACCGUUCUGAAGUUACCGGUGCCGUUCAGGAAACGAAAGCAAAUGCAACCAGCCACAUGAGCUCGGAAGCGCUAGUGUUGAAAAAUUUGGCCCGUUUGAAUGAACGCACUAGAAAAUCGGCGAAAAAACGAGCGCUGGAAAACGUAAAAGCUGUAGAAGAGACAUCGGUGGCAAAUAAAAAAUCCAAGCCCACAAAAAAGAAAGGCACUGUGGGGAAGAUAAACAAACGCGUGCUGGAAGAAUUCGGCACCGUGCCGGAUGUGGAGAAUGCGGCUCCCGAAUCCGAUGUUCAGGUGGAUCAACCAGUAACGCGUACACGUACCCUAGGAUUGCCGAGACGAAGCGCAAGAAAAAGUAACGCGGAAUGAAAUAAAACAAUCCACUACUUAUGAUAUAAAACAUCGACUGAAAAAACUUCAACUACUCUAUUCUUGCAUACUAUUUGCUGAUUUUGAAGUUUAAAAACUGGACCGAAGCGAACUGAAUUUACCGAAGCGAACUGCAUCAGAUUUACAGAUGAGGGCACCAAGGUAAGCCUGAUUUAGUACAAACUACGGACAGGUAAUGAACGAAAAGCAAAUAAGUACAUUAGUAAGUAAGUAAAUGAGGUUGAUUAAGAUUCAAACAGUGUAAUCCAUGAAAAUAAAGUUUUUGCUCCUAGAAGGAAGUAUAUAUUACUUUAACUCACACACAAAUGAAUUGAUCAUCUAGGAGAUUCUCCAAGUUUCCUUACAAACUUGCAAUUUAAUUACUGAUUUAAUAGUUACUGUUGAGUUAUGAAUUAUAGGUUAACUGACAAUUUGAAUUACUGUCACCGAAGUGGCUAAUGAAGUUUUUGGCAGCACUGUUUCCACAGUGCAUACGUUUUUUAGUCAGUCGCGUACAAGGAGAGCAAGGAAUAGGACGUGAUUUUGAAAGGAAUAAAAUACACAACGUAGGGCAAUAUCAACGUCUUAUAAUUUACACUACACAAGAAAGAACGCAACAUUGGUGCCGUGACCAGGAUUGGUUAAGUUUAAUGCGUUUGUGAUAGUACUGGUUACCUAUACGAAAAACAAUCGAAGUGGAACAAUCUGGGGGGAUUUCUGUUAAAGUGAAAAUCGCGAAUUGCGUGUGAAAUCCAUUGUGUACCACUAUAUGGGUUAUCUUGUUCUUGUACGUUUUGGAGCGACUCAUAUAAAUCGUCAAAGCGAUUUGUGUCCUUUGGAGUUCUUCAGUUGAGUGUCGUGAAAAAUGGCGGUUUAUGAGGAAGAACCUUUCGCAGGUUUUUCAGAGGAAGCUGAAUCUCCAAAUACGGUGCGGCGCGCACUGUUUUGUGAUGUGAGCGAUGCAAAACGUGAGCGUGAUCGUAUUGUGCGAUCGGUGAAAAGGAUGGACGCAUUUCUAGCGGAAUAUCAGGAAAAGGAUUACCCGGAAUUGACACCGCGUAUCGAACUCUUAAACGAUCGUUGGCGGGAAUUCCAGGUAAUAGCUAGAAAGAUAGAUGCGAAAGAAAGAACCGAAGAAAACGACGCAAUAUACGACAACAUGGAGAGCUCAGUGGUUCGAUUGAAAGGACAAUUACUGCGAAAAUUAGGCGAAGUGAGCGAUAUGGCGCGAGUGAAACCAGAGCAGGACAGCAGUACAAGUGACGCGGUUCGGCUUACUCGCUUAACACUACCUGAAUUUUCUGGGAAGUAUGAUGAAUGGCUAUCCUUCCAUGAUAUGUUUGUUGUGACAAUACACGACAAUAAAAGGCUCUCUUCAGUGGAAAAAAUGCUGUACCUGAAAAGAUCGCUCAAAGGGGAAGCAUUAAAAGUGAUAGAUGCAUUACCGGUUUGCAAUGCGAAUUACGAUGUGGCGUGGGCUGCUUUGAAUAAGCGUUAUGCCAAUGAGUAUAUUUUGAAAAAGCGCCACGUAAAUGCGAUGUUGCUAUGGCCACAGAUGAAGACAGCAAACAAUGAGAACAUCCAUGGGCUGAUCGAAUGUUUCGAGCGCAAUCUGAAGAUUUUGCAACAUCUUGGUGAAAGCACCGACCAGUGGGGUAUUCUGUUGGCACAAAUUAUUAUUUCCAAGCUGGACCUAAGCACGCAACAAAAAUGGGAACGGCGUGUGGAAGAGAGCAAUGAGAAUUCGGUGGGCGACUUAUUGAACUUUUUGCGAGCCCAGACGCGCAUCAUGGACGCUGUUGCUGUCGAUAAACCUAAGGCGACGGGCAAAGUCGUCAGUGAACGUCGUGUUGCGUCGAAUGUGGCGGUGGAAGCCAAAUGCAUAAAGUGUGGUGGGUCGCACCUGAUAGACAAUUGUGAUGCUUUCCGUGCAUUAACUGUGGGACAACGGCGUGAAAUAGUGGAAGGAAAAAAGCUGUGCUCUAGUUGUCUAAAACCUGGGCAUUUUCAGGCAAGGUGUUGGUCUCGCGCGAGAUGCACUGUAUGCAACAGAAAGCAUCAUUUUUUGCUACAUAGUGAGGAAAACGGGACAGUAAGAGCCACUCUAGAAGACACACCAAGCCAGAAUGCAGCAGUUAAUGCGUCAGCUGGAGAAGGAUCUGGUACUGUAUUUUUGUCGACCGCUAUAGUCCACGUGAAAACCAGCGGUGGGAAGUGGUUGCCAGCUAGAGCGCUGAUCGACAGUGGUUCACAAGUAAGCUUGAUGACCAAAGAUCUAGCUGCGCGACUGAACUUACCAUACUCACAGUCGAGUACGGUUCUAUCGGUUGUUGGUGAAUCGAGGAUUAGCCUGCAGACAUCGGUCAUGGCGAAAGUACGUUCCCGAGAUGGAAAAUAUAAGGAAAACAUGCAGUUUCUGGUGCUACCGAGAAUAACAGAAUACAAUCCAGCGAGUGGUGCAAAAAUCAGCCCAGACGCGCAUCAUGGACGCUGUUGCUGUCGAUAAACCUAAGGCGACGGGCAAAGUCGUCAGUGAACGUCGUGUUGCGUCGAAUGUGGCGGUGGAAGCCAAAUGCAUGAAGUGUGGUGGGUCGCACCUGAUAGACAAUUGUGAUGCUUUCCGUGCAUUAACUGUGGGACAACGGCGUGAAACAGUUGAAGGAAAAAAGCUGUGCUCUAGUUGUCUAAAACCUGGGCAUUUUCAGGCAAGGUGUUGGUCUCGCGCGAGAUGCACUGUAUGCAACAGAAAGCAUCAUUUUUUGCUGCAUAGUGAGAACAACGGGACAGCAAGAGCCACUCUAGAAGACACACCAAGUCAGAAUGCAGCAGUUAAUGCGUCAGCUGGAGAAGGAUCUGGUACUGUAUUUUUGUCGACCGCUAUAGUCCACGUGAAAACCAGCGGUGGGAAGUGGUUGCCAGCUAGAGCGCUGAUCGACAGUGGUUCACAAGUAAGCUUGAUGACCAAAGACCUAGCUGCGCGACUGAACUUGCCAUACUCACAGACGAGUACGGUUCUAUCCGUGGUUGGUGAAUCGAGAAUUAGCCUGCAGACAUCGGUCAUGGCGAAAGUACGUUCCCGAGAUGGAAAAUAUAAGGAAAACAUGCAGUUUCUGGUGCUGCCGAGAAUAACAGAAUACAAUCCAGCGAGUGGUGCAAAAAUCAGCCGUCAACAACUUCCAUCUAACUUCGUACUAGCAGAUCCUUAUUUUGAUGAGAAAGUUAAUAUUGAUUUGCUUUUAGGAUCUGAAUUUUACGCUGAUUACUUGAAGCCAGAUAGCCGCGGAAUAUUGCGUGCCGAUUUUGGAACUGCACUUCCAACAUUCAUCCACACGGUAUUCGGAUGGGUAGCCGUGGGACAAGUGCAUACGAAGAAUCCGCAAACCAAGGUAAGCCAUCCAUAUAUUACCUGUGGUACUUGUGUUCGGUUGGAGGAUUUAAUCGAAAGAUUUUGGACUAUUGAAGAAGUUCACCAUGCACCAUUGCGCACACAAGAGGAAAAUGAUUGCGAAGCCCAUUUUAUGCAACACCAUCAUCGGGAUGGUGAAGGUAGAUAUGUGGUGAAACUACCUUUAAAGGGAGAUGUGCGGAUGCAAUUGGGACAUUCGGAGGCGACGGCAAGAAAGCGAUUUCUGCAACUGGAGCGUCGUUUUAAUCGAGACCAGAGUUUGAAGCAGCAAUAUUCAGCCGUUAUUGAUGACUACAUCCAAAGGGGAUUUUUAGUCAAAGUUGAUACGACACUGAGCUGUGAGGAUAUAAGCACUGCUUAUUAUUUGCCGCAUCAUCCGGUUAUUAAAACAUCGAGCACAAGCACCAAAGUAAGACCAGUGUUCGACGGA